AUUAUGAGGUGCAGUGUCUCCAAUUGCUCCAAUGAUACAAGAAAAACUUGUAAAAGCGAUGGAGUCACAUUCCAUAUUUUCCCCAAAGAACUGAAUCUUCGCAAUAAAUGGGUGGAAGCCCUCGGAAUGGGAGACUGGGAGCCUAGGGAACGUAGUUCAGUGUGUUCUGAACAUUUUCGUACUGAAGACUUCUAUGAAACAAGGGCAGGGAUGAGGAAAAUUAGGAGCGGUGCUGUGCCAAUACCUUCUAAGACCUCUGAGGAAGAUCUAGAUGCGCCGGCCGCAAUGAGGGUCUGCCGAGUCUGUCUCGCAAUGGACACGAAGAUGUAUAAUAUAACAGAAUUCAAACUGGACACUAUGUUUCAAGAAAUCACAGGAUUAGUCGGUUGGUCGGAAAGACUGCCUCAGAGAGUCUGUUGGGAGUGCGCGGCCAGACUGUCUUCAGCUUACCAGUUCAGAGACAAGGCGAUACGAAGCGAUGAGUUGUUGCAGGAAUUAAUUCAACCCGAUACUUAUUUAAAAAUUCGAGAUAUAAAAUUAAUUAACAGAACACAAAAUAAAUUAAGUUCGACCCUAAUACAUAAGGUAUAUGAAUCUGAAGACUUUUACCUAGAUAUAACUGAAAAUGAUAUUAAAACUGAAAAUUUUCAAGAAAACGUUGAUGGAAUACAAAUGGAUUGUCUAGUAAUCGAUGCUAGUAAUCUACCCACUACUGGGGUUGAGGUCAAAAAUGAGGUGCCAAACGGCAUCUUUUUCGACGAAUACGAUCAUUUUGAUGAUGAAGAUGAUCAAGUCCUAAGCGAGAUGUACGUCGACAAGAAACUAGUACCUUUACAGCGAGAGAAAAAGAAGAAAGUGAAAUUGGUUAAGAAAGUUGUUGAAAAUACUAAGAAGGUUGUCGUCCAAAAUAAUGAUCCUUACGCUACGAGUGAACGGUAUAAAACUAAUGAUGUUAAAAGAAGGCGCAGUAAUGAAUUGGACGAGUCCCUGUUCACAAUAACUCCUUUAACAUACGAUGAACAAAUUGAAGAGGUCGCCAAGAGGCAGCAGAGCACGAACUACACUAGCGCCCCCUAUAAAUGUGUUAUUUGCUAUCGAGGGUUUCUGGUGAAAGGAAGGUACACUGCUCACGCUAUUAGACAUAGUGAGCAAAGCGGUACUUUCGAAUGCUUUAUAUGCAAGACUAGGUUGAAGACUAGUCGUGCUCUCCGUAAACAUCUGACUUCUCAACAUACAGAACAAUACAGUUGCAACGCAUGUUCGUUCGUCACAAGGAACCGCGGUGUGGCUAGAGAACACCAGAAAUGGCACGCCGGUCACAAGUAUCAGUGUCCACACUGCGCUAGCGAAUUUGAUAAAUUAACGACAUAUUUAGGACAUAUUAGAAUCAAGCAUGUAUCGGAUAUAGUAUGUGAGCUUUGUGGAUACAUGUUUGUCAGCAAGAAGGGAGUCGAAGUACAUAAAAAGAAAAAACAUCAUAUGUCGGGGAAGAAUAUUACAUUAGAAGGACCUUACUGUCAAAUAUGUGACGUGAAGUUUGCGUCGGAAGAAGCGCACGACAGACAUCUGAAGUUAUCUGCAAGACAUAGCAACGAACAUGGCCUAAAUCCGCCUCGAAAUGAUUCUCAAAGUAACCACGGUCAUUCAAUAAGACGCAACGAGAGACGUCCCAUUAUACAUCCGCGCACUCCAAGGCCUGAUGAUGAUUUGGAAUCGCAGUCCCCGGUCACAUGUGAACAGUGUGGCCUACAACUGCGAGAUCUAAGAGCGUACGCGCAACACUUUAGAAGAUCUCAUCCGGACAAGAAUCGAACCAAGUACCCCGCAAUGAAAACUCCGUGUAUGUGCGAGCAGUGCGGGAAAAUAUUUCAGAGCAUGGCGUUACUAAAAGAUCACAUGUGGGUCCAUACUGGCGUGAAAAGGUUCAAGUGUGAUCGCUGCACGAAGAGUUUUACACAGAAGACAAAUUUAAUAAUUCAUAUGAAGGUACACAGUGGGAAUCGACCGAGCUACGAGUGCCCCUUGUGCGGGAAACAUUUCGCUUUCUACAACAACCGAAGGAGGCAUAUGUUUAUACACACCGGCUUGAAGCCAUUUAAAUGUGAUACUUGUGGGAAAUGCUUCACGUCCUCAGGGGAAUUGAAAGCUCACGUCGAACAUGUGCAUUUGAAGAAACCGUGGCCAAAACGCGCUCGGCAGAGAGCAAGGGAUUGGAAAUGUGAUGAACCCAGCAUCGAAGAUUGAUACCGUGGAGGCAGGAUCUCUUUACGUAACUAAUUUAUUUUAUUUUAUAAGUUUUUUU